ACUCAGAGCAGCAACACCAUUUGUUUGUUCUCCUGAGAGCUGAGCGUAAGCUGGGAGGGAAAGCAUCCAUCAACAUACAGUUGCCUUCAAUCAUCAAAAGGUCAAUCCUCAACUGAUUUCCCCAGAAGCCUCAUUUUCCACCAUGAAUGUGUCCCAGACAAUGGAGACAGAGGAGGAUCUCCUGACUUGUCUCCACAUAAAGUUUUACCACCCACAGCAGAGUUGCAGGGGCCUUUAUGGGGCACUGCCUCUGGGGAAGAGGAGCAGACACUCGGCCGAUGACCCUCUCAGGCUGGGCCGGGACGCCCAGGCCUGCACCUACGCCCUGCUCGACCCUCGGGUGUCCCGGAAACAGCUGGGCCUCUACGCCUACCGCACACCCCAGAGCCCAGACAUGCUGUUCACCAUCCAGAACCUGAGCCAGAAGGGGAGGCUGUCAGUGAACAGCUCUAGUCUGGGCUACCUGGAGAGGGCGGAUCUCCCAGACAAGGCCCUGAUCCGCUUCGGAGAGUAUGAAGUCGAGAUCCUCCGUGAGUCCGGCGAGGCCAAGGGCAGCUUUGAGGUGGAGUUUGAGGUGCUGGCCGUGCCUCCAUCCAGGGAGACGUGCAUGUGUGCACCUAGUAUGACACCUGUCAUGGACACAGGCUCAUGUGUGACGAAUGGUUGCACUGCUGAGCUCACAGCACUGGGCCCCCUGGAGACUGAUGAGACUCUCAUGUAUAAUUCAUGAGAUAUUAUAACCUGCUUUUACUUUAUUAUUGACUUACAUUUGAAAGCAAUGCAGAUUGCUGUGUCGUUGUGUAGUUGUUACAUUAGAAAACAUGCAUGCUUGUAUAUAAUUCCUGUUUAUGUGAAACUGUAUGACUUUGCACCCUUUAGUCCAUGUCUACAUAUUAACAAUUAAGCUGUGACCUUAAUAACCGCUACUUUUUAAAAGUAAAUGCAAAGAAGCCUUUUUUCCUACAAUUUCAACUUGGUCGCUAUACAUUUGUUUUUCAGUAAUAUACUUUUUGUGUAUGUUGUUUAUAAAUAUAAGCUGUGACCUUUUUUCCUACAUAUUUAACUUGAGCAGAGUACAUUUGUUUUUCAGUAAAAUACUUUUUGUGGGUAUGUUGUCUCAAAAUAUCUAAAAGCAGCCAGAGGUUUUGGAAAUUUCAGGGAAAGUCCCAGUCUCACAAUCAUGAGGCAUUUGAGGAUUUUCCAUCGCUCCAAAAUCCAGAACGGCCCUGAUGAACUGGUUUUUCAAGAUAUGCCUCAUCAAGUAAGUCUAUCUUACUCUGAGAUCGGGUUGCAGUGCAAAUCUGCUCUUCUACUUUGCGAAGAAAAUUCAAGCACUGCACUUUUCUUUAAUGAGUUUCACUGAGUGGAAGAAGUUUUCAAGUAUUUGUUCAUGUACUGCAAUAUAAAAUGAGUAAAAUAAUUUAAAUUUCUGAUCAA